GUUGCCUUAGCUACAGACAUCUCAAAGAUGUAUCAUCGCAUUGGCAUACCUGAGUCGGACCAGCAUGUCCACAGAUUUCUAUGGCGUAAUUUUGACCAAUCCAAGAAACCAGAUAUCUAUGUGAAGACAAAUGUUACUUUCGGGGACAAACCGGCGCCAGCGAUGGCACAAAUUGCCUUGAGGAAGACAGCUAUGGUAAACGAAAAAAUUCACCCAGAAGCUGCAAGGAUAAUAACAAAGGACAGCUAUAUGGAUGAUAUUCUGACAUCAGUCUCGAAUCAAAGAACCGCUGAAAGACUCGCUGACGAAAUCGACACUGUCCUAUACACGGGAGGAUUCAAGGUAAAACAAUGGACUUCAAAUGCUAACCUAACUAACACAGAGAAUAACCAACCACUCAAACAGAAGGCUGUUUUAAGUGAUGAUUCGGAACAGAAAGUCUUGGGUGUAGUAUGGAAUCCGGUAAGCGAUAUGCUCUUAUACAAGGUAAAAACACCAAAGUUUCCAGGGAACAGGCUAACCAAGAGAAUGGUGCUUAGCGAACUAGCAAAAGUCUUCGAUCCAAUUGGAUUUGCGACUGCAUUUUUAAUUAGAGGGAAAAUCAUGAUGCAGAGACUGUGGCAGCAAGGUUAUGGCUGGGACGAUGACAUGUCAGAAAGCGAAAAAGCGAAUGGGGAAAGUUUUUUACAGAGCUUCAAAGCUUAGAUGGUGUUUCAUUUCACAGAUGCCUGUUGCCCGCUGCUAUCACAAAACCAGCUGAGUUAAUAAUUUUUUGUGAUGCCUCUAAAGAUGCAUUUGGUGCAGUUGCUUACACUCGAUG